CGGCGCACUCCCCUCCCCCGAGCGCCGGCGGCGGGCACUGAAUGAGAGACGCCGACUGCUCGGCUGGGCGAGCGCUGCCUCGGAGCUGCGGGCGAAGCGGAGGCGACGGCCGCGGCUACACAGGAAUAAUGUAUUUGUGGCCUUGGACAUGAAGUAAUUGGACCUGUUGCUGUUGAUAUAGGAUCAGGGACUGAUGAGGGAAGCAUGGACCUAAUGAACGGGCAGGCAAGCAGUAUUAAUAUCGCAGCUACCGUUUCCGAGAAAAGUAGCAGCUCUGAGUCGCUAAGUGAGAAGGGCUCUGAAUUGAAGAAAAGCUUUGAUGCAGUGGUAUUUGAUGUUCUUAAGGUUACGCCGGAAGAAUACGCGGGUCAGAUAACACUAAUGGAUGUGCCAGUGUUUAAAGCUAUUCAGCCGGAUGAACUCUCAAGUUGUGGAUGGAAUAAAAAAGAAAAAUAUAGUUCUGCACCGAAUGCAGUUGCUUUCACGAGAAGAUUUAAUCAUGUAAGCUUUUGGGUUGUUAGAGAAAUUCUCCACGCUCAGACAUUGAAAAUAAGAGCAGAAGUUCUGAGCCACUAUAUUAAAACUGCUAAGAAACUGUAUGAGCUUAAUAACCUUCAUGCACUUAUGGCUGUGGUUUCCGGCUUACAGAGUGCACCGAUUUUCAGGUUGACUAAGACAUGGGCGUUAUUAAGUCGAAAAGACAAAACUACCUUUGAAAAAUUAGAAUAUGUAAUGAGUAAAGAAGAUAACUACAAAAGACUCAGAGACUAUAUAAGUAGCUUAAAGAUGACACCUUGCAUUCCUUAUCUAGGCAUCUACCUGUCGGACUUGACGUACAUCGACUCGGCGUACCCAUCCACGGGCAGCAUUCUAGAAAAUGAGCAAAGGUCAAAUUUGAUGAAUAAUAUUCUUCGAAUAAUUUCUGACCUACAACAGUCCUGUGACUAUGAUAUUCCCAUGUUGCCUCAUGUCCAGAAAUACCUGAAUUCCGUUCAGUAUAUAGAAGAACUACAAAAGUUUGUGGAAGACGAUAAUUACAAGCUCUCAUUAAAGAUAGAACCAGGGACAAGUACGCCACGUUCAGCUGCUUCCAGAGAAGACCUAGUAGGUCCUGAAGUGGGAGCCUCUCCACAGAGCGGGAGGAAGAGCAGUGCUGCCGAGGGGGCCUUCCUGCCACAGACGCCCCCAUCCCCUCGGAACCUUAUUCCACACGGACAUAGGAAGUGCCAUAGCUUGGGUUACAAUUUCAUUCAUAAGAUGAACACAGCAGAGUUUAAGAGUGCGACAUUCCCAAACGCAGGUCCAAGACACCUGCUGGAUGAUAGCGUCAUGGAGCCGCAUGCACCAUCACGAGGCCAAGCUGAGAGCUCCACGCUUUCCAGUGGAAUAUCCAUAGGGAGUAGUGAUGGCUCUGAACUAAGUGAGGAGACCUCAUGGCCGGCUUUUGAAAGGAACAGAUUAUACCAUUCUCUCGGCCCGGUGACAAGAGUGCCACGAAAUGGCUAUCGAAGCCACACGAAGGCCAGCAGUUCUGCGGAGUCGGAAGACUUGGCGGUGCACUUGUACCCAGGAGCUGUUACUAUUCAAGGUGUCCUCAGGAGAAAAACUUUGUUAAAAGAAGGCAAAAAACCCACAGUAGCAUCUUGGACAAAGUACUGGGCAGCCUUGUGUGGAACACAGCUUUUUUACUAUGCUGCCAAAUCUCUGAAGGCCACAGAAAGAAAACAUUUCAAGUCAACGUCAAAUAAGAAUGUGUCUGUGGUGGGGUGGAUGGUGAUGAUGGCUGACGAUCCAGAGCACCCAGACCUCUUCCUGCUGACUGACUCCGAGAAAGGAAAUUCAUACAAGUUUCAAGCCGGCAGCAGGAUGAAUGCGAUGCUGUGGUUUAAACACUUGAGUGCGGCCUGCCAGAGCAACAAACAGCAGGUUCCUACAAACUUGAUGACUUUUGAGUAGAAGCUGGAGAAAGAGGAGGUGUACCGUUGUUCCUGCAUGGAGCAAGGACCUGCUGCGAGCACCAGCCGCACCAUACCGUGCCAGGAAGAGCCCCCAGGCUCCAGCCCAGCCUCUGGAGCUCAGAACCAAAAGCACUAAUUUCAGGGAAUGAAGUGAGAUAUUCCCAGAGAACAAAUUGGAGUUGCAAAACAAACUGCCAUGAACUACGCUUCUAUCUCCGAACUGACCUGUGGAAACCACUGCCUUAACAGAGUGAGAGGAAAACCAACACCAAACAGUGUGUGUGAAUCUUCCGGUGGUGCUGGGCUUGGAAUAAAUUGUAGCUACUUUGCGUUUC